CCGUUAUUCCCUCACUCCUCCCCCCGGCCUGUUUUUGUUGCCCGCUUGCCUGUCCGAGCGACCGCCGGGAAAACUUUCGCCUCUGGCCGCGGCCACACGCACCCAGACGCCUGACGGACCCCGCUGACAGUCCGGACAACGCGUGCGAUCAAAAACAAGAAGAAGAAGAAAAAAAGUGGACAACUGUGAGGGGAACACCAAGCGGGCGCAUUGCAGCAUCACGUUCUACCGCCACGCGUGGAAAUCUCCAGUUGUUGGUUUUAACGGCCUCCUGAGGACAUUUUUAAGAUUUAUUUUUUACCCGAAAAGUAAUCUUGGACUUUCGGGGAGGGGGCGAAGAUGUAAAAAGCCUCCGUGUGCUAAGCUUAAGCUGGACACAUUCAUUCAGUUGCACCGUUAGCUCGCUCGUCUCUGUGGAGACAGCACUUUUUUUUCUUUGCCAAGCCGAAUUCCACACUUCUCCUCAGGAAGAAAGAAAAGGAAAGAACAAGAUGCUGUCCGAGCUCAGCGCCUGGUUCUGGCAAGAGCGGCUGUGGUUUCCAGAAGGGCUGGGCUGGGCCGACCUGGAGGACCGUGACGGACGUGUGUACGCCAAAGCCACCGAUUUGUGGGUGGCCCUGCCCGUCGCCCUCUUAUUCCUAAUCGUCCGUCAGGUCUUUGAAAGAACAGUGGCAACGCCCCUGGCCUCUUUACUCGGGGUAAAAGAGACGAUACGGCUCAGGGUACCCCCUAACCCCGCACUGGAGUCCUACUACUGCAAAGUUAGCAAAAACCCCACACAGCUUUCCAUGACGGGUCUUUGUAAGCAGACGGGCUUCUCGGAAAGGCAAGUGCAACGAUGGUUUCGGAGACGGAGGAAUCAGGACAGGCCCAGUUUGCUGAAAAAGUUCCGAGAGGCCAGUUGGAGAUUUACCUUUUACCUCCUUGCUUUCAUCGCUGGCCUGGCCGCCCUCAUCGACAAACCCUGGCUGUAUGACGUGCAGGAGAUGUGGCAAGGCUUUCCUGUGCUGACUCUGCUGCCGUCUCAGUACUGGUACUACAUGAUCGAACUGGGUUUCUACGCCUCGCUGCUCUUCAGCGUGGCCUCCGAUGUCAAACGCAAAGACUUUAAGGAGCAGAUUGUCCACCAUGUGGCCACCAUCCUCCUCAUCAGCUUCUCGUGGUGCGUCAACUACAUCCGCGCUGGAACGCUCAUCAUGCUGGUGCACGACUCCUCUGAUUACCUUCUCGAGUCUGCCAAGAUGUUCAACUAUGCUGGCUGGCGAAAUGCUUGCAACUACAUCUUCAUCGUAUUCGCCGCGGUCUUCAUCGUCACUCGCCUCGUCAUCUUCCCCUUCCGGAUCAUCUACUGCACUUGGGUGUAUCCAGUGACCAUCUACCAGCCCUUCUUUGGUUACUACUUCUUCAAUGGACUUCUCAUGGUGCUGCAGUGUCUUCACAUCUUCUGGGCCAUCCUCAUCAUACGGAUUGCCAUCCGCUUCCUCACCAACAACGAAAAAGUGGACGACGAGCGCAGCGACAAGGAUGAGACGGACGAAUCCGGGGAGGAGGACGAGGACGACGCUAAAAAGGUCUCAAAGGCAAAUGGACCGCUGCAGAACGGCUACGCGGUGCACAACAACAACCACAGCAAGGUGGAAUGACGGCAAGGACGUGCGCGACACCGCAAGGACUCGUUUGGCGGUGGCGGCGGGAGUCGAAAGCAUACAGUGACAAAGAGGGAGAUUUGACACUGUUACUUUUGCACAGCACGACAACACACACACCUUCAUUUGUACAAAGCCAAACGAAGACGGCGGGAAGCGGCAUGUCUCGCUCACUCGUGCUUGCUCGUGGACGCACGCAUUCUCGCCGCCGACGGGGAAGAAACUGGAGAGGAGGGGAGUGAGCACGCCACGUCCCGCGUAGCUUUCCUCACCCCUACUGCGUGUGCCUUACAGCCCGAUAACGGCUUAUUUCAAAAGAAAUACAAACGCUAUUGUAAACCUCGAUGCUUUAAUUGUUUUGGCUUUAUGCUUGGAUGACAAGUGAACAAACGGAGCAUCCCUUUCAUAAAAGGGCAGGACUGGGCAUUUAUUUUCCUCAAUUGUGUCUAUGCAAGUAGCAAUUGCGAUGCCUUUGCACAAGCCGGCGCUUCCUCUUGUUUGGGUUCUGUUGUAUUCUUCAACCAUGUGCCUCACAUUUUCUGACGAGCGUUGGGGACUUUCCUUCACUUCCAAUCUCAUGAAGCAGCAGGCAGGAAAUGAUUUCUGAAUCAUAGCAUAUUUCCUCAAAUAGUGGCUAGCCCUCCGUUAAUUGCCCGGCUAGUGGCUCCUUCGUCCACUUAUGCCAAACCAAUGCCUCCCUCAAGUUAAUCUUUGAAGUACAUUUUUUCAAUAUUUCCACGUACAUCUCGAUCUGCAGAGAAGGGCUGUGUCGUGUCUACCCACGUUCAUAUCUCUGCCUCUACCCAUCUGUAGUUGAGUAGUGGCCACUAUUUGUGGAGGGACCGUAUGUCACUCAAGCGCUGUUUGAAAUCGAUCUUGUUAUCCCAACUGCAGCUUUGAAUGUUUUUCUGUCUUUGAUUUUUUUCGUCCCUCGUUGACCGAAAUGAGUGAAUCCUUCCUCAUGGCAGAGGCAACUGCCAAGGUGCUGGGGUGAUGUUGAAGAACCCAGGCCAAACUUUUGUAUGUGGAAAGUGUUGAAGUGUGAUAUUUGACGGUGCCAGGAGGUCAUUAUCACAAAGCCAUGUUUUGUUAUGCUUUUAUCUCUCUCUCUCUCUCUCUCUCUCUCUCUCUCUCUCUCUCUCUCUCUCUCUCUCUCUCUCUCUCUCUCUCUCUCUCUCUCUCUCUCUCUCUCUCUCUCUCUCUCUCUCUCAACCCCCCCCCCCCCCCCAGCUCUCUCUGUCUAUCUCUUGUAUGUCAAGUGCCUUAUUUGUCGUUUCUGGGACAUUCCCUUUCCUCUCGCCUUCCUCUCUGUCUCCACUUCCCUCUCUCACACACACAUCACAAGCAGCAUGUCCUCCCUCAUCACUCACUUUCCUCCUCCGCAAAUCCCUCAUUCCACCGCCACCUACCAUUUCUUCUUUUUUCCAACUAACCACGACCAACCAACCAGCAAGCUUUCUUCUUGCCCCAGUGACGCAGAAGCAGCAGCUGGCCCCGGGUUAGAUUGUUCUUAUUUUUUGUUAAAUGAUGCCCAAGUAUUAUUAAUAAUAAAAGGAAAAGAUCAUUAAUCACAGAUCAUGAAUCUUA